AUGGAGGAGCAGGGUGUGCUGGAGACGUUCCUAAAGAACCACCCAAAGGUCAAUACAGCUGCCAAGUAUCAUCUCAACAGUGAUGCUGUUGCUUAUGAACCCAUCACUAACUAUGUGGAUGUGAUUGAGUCUUUCUACUUUGGGGAGAUGAACAUCGGGAUACCACCCCCAAAUUUCCUGGUUCUCUUUGACACAGGCUCCUCCAACCAGCGGGUGCCCUCCAUCUACGGCAGCGCCAGGCCCGCUGUGACGUUUCUGAAAGCAAAUGGGUUUUGUGGAACCAUGGUUUGGGCUCUUGACUUGGAUGACUUCCUAGGCAACUUCUCCAGUGAGAAUUCAUAUCCUCUCAUCUCCAAACUCAGGUCUCUGCUGGGGCUGCCGAUGCCAGAACCUCCCAAACCCUCAUCUCCCAGUGCAUUCUGUGAAGGCAAGGCUGAUGGGUUCUGUGGGGACCCUGAUGACCCAUCCAGGUUUUACGAGUGUGCUAGUGGUAACACUGUGGCCAAAAGGUAUAAGCAGCAGAUCCUAGCUGGGAAGCCCAUCGGAGGACUUCUCAUAUUUGUAUUUUUUGUUUCAGGUUUGGCUGUUCUGCUGCAGGUGCAAUGAGGCUCGGCCUAUAAGCUUGUGUGCUGCUUUACCAACUGGUCUCAGCAUCAACUGGAAUCAGCCAAGUUCUUCCCUAAGGAUGUGGACUCAUGUCUGUGCACGCACCUGAUACAUGCUUUCACCACCAUGAAUGACGACAAGAUUGCUCCCGAUGAAUGGAACAAUGUUGAUAGCAAUGGAGAUCUGGUCAACUUGCUGGCUGUAAGUGGCUGGAACUUUGGCACUUAGAAGUUUACCACCAUGGUCUCCACAGCUGCCAGCUACAAAGCUUUCAUCUGUUCUGUCAUUGGCUUCCUUCAUCACAUGGAUGGCAUUAACUUGGGCAUUGAAUAUCCAGGGUCCCGCAGAAGCCCACCUGAGGACAAGCAAGAAAGGGGAAUUAUUAUGAGCUUGAAAGUGGCCCGAGAGGUACUUACUAUAGGACAUAAUGAAGACAGCCACUCAAAUCCACCCUUACUCUCUCUCCAGAAAAUGCUGGAAGCUUUCAAAGAAAAAUCUAAAGAAACAGGAUGCCCCAGGCUGCUUCUCACAGCAGCUGUAUCUGCUGUCCUUUGUUCCUGGCUCCUUGAUUUCACCAGCAUGAUGGUCUAUGAUUUCCAUGGUAGCUGGGACAUCUAUGGGCAAAACAAUCCCCUGCACAUAGGAUCCAAGGAUCAAGUGGAGAAGCUCACCAUGGGCUUCCAGCUCAACAGUUCUGGCACCUCAGUUGUUGACCCAGUCUCUGGAACAGGGUCAUCUGGUCCUUACCUGCGUGAGGCUGGCUUCUGAGCUUAUUAUGAGAUCUGUGCAUUCUUAAGUGGGGCCACAAUUUACUUUCUCAAGGAGAACGAUUUUGGCGGGGCCACGGUUUGGGCCAUUGAUCUAGAUGACUUCUCAGGCUCCUUCUGCAAUGAGGGCAAACACCCACUCAUAAGCAAACUGAAGUCACUGCUGGACCUGUCCUUAGAUGUGUCACUAUCGAGUUCAACAUGUUAUUCUAAGGAAGCUGCAGGCCAAGCUGCAAAGAGCACCAAAUGCAGAGGGGUCAGAUCCACGGCCACCAACACCUGCUAUAGCCGACCGGUGACACCCAGAAGCGAAGGCUUCUGUGCCAAUAUUGGUGGAGGUGGUGGCAGUGGUGGACAAGGAGGCGGUGACAGGGGCAGUGGAGGAGAUGGAGGUUUCUGUCCUGGUAAAGCAGAUGGCAUCUAUAGUAAUCCUGAAGACAAUACCAAGUCCUACCAGUGUGUGGAAGGCAAGACCUUCUACCUCCAGCGUGCCCAAGGUUGA